GAGCUAUCUAUCUGUUAACGAAACAAAUAAUAAUAGGAAAAUCGUUUGGUUUCACGUGAAGGGAGAUUUGAUAAAACGACCAAAACUCGGCAGACAGAAAAACUCACUCAAAGUCUCAAAGGCCAAAGCUCACUCUCUUUCUCUGCGAAGGGCUGAAAUUUGAGAUCCAACUGAAUCAGCUUGCUUGUAGCUAAAAGUGGAGGAUAUGGAUGCAUCGACCGUGUUAUAUAACCAGCUCAAGGCAGCAGAACCAUUUUUCUUGUUAGCAGGUCCAAAUGUGAUUGAAUCUGAAGAGCACAUUCUGCGGAUGGCGAAGCACAUAAAGGGUAUUGCAUCAAAAGUUGGAUUACCCCUGGUUUUCAAGUCAAGCUUUGACAAAGCUAACCGGACAUCCUCAAAAUCAUUUCGGGGUCCAGGCUUGGAGGAAGGCUUAAAGAUCCUAGAGAAGGUUAAAAUAGCAUAUGACAUACCUGUAGUUACUGAUGUACAUGAAAGCACCCAGUGUGAAGCAGUUGGCAGAGUUGCAGAUAUUAUUCAGAUUCCUGCAUUUUUAUGUCGCCAGACAGAUCUCCUUGUUGCAGCCGCCAAGACUGGAAAAAUUAUCAAUAUUAAGAAAGGCCAGUUCUGUGCUCCUUCUGUCAUGUGUAAUUCUGCUGAGAAGAUUAGACUGGCUGGAAAUUCAAAAGUCAUGGUUUGUGAGAGGGGAACUAUGUUUGGCUACAAUGAUUUAAUCGUUGAUCCUCGCAAUUUGGAGUGGAUGAGAGAAGCUAAUUGUCCUAUAGUUGCCGAUGUUACACAUUCAUUGCAACAGCCAGCUGGGCGAAAGUUGGAUGGUGGAGGUGUUGCUAGCGGUGGACUUCGUGAAUUAAUACCUUGUAUUGCAAGAACAGCAAUUGCUGUUGGAGUUGAUGGAGUUUUCAUGGAGGUGCAUGAUGAUCCAAUGAAUGCACCAGUUGAUGGUCCAACACAAUGGCCAUUGCGCCAUUUGGAAGAACUUCUUGAAGAGCUUGUGGCGAUUGCUAGGGUAAGCAAAGGGAAGCAGCGGUUCAAUAUUGAUUUGACACCGUUUCGUGAUUAGGGAAACAGAAGCUACAUUCUGUUGUGUGGUACUCAUUUAUGCAUUCAGCUAUGCCUUUUGAUUUUACGAGGAUAUGACAAGCAUAGCUCAGUUGGGGAAUAACAAGGCCAUUGUACGUGGAGAGAUCUAUUUAAACAAGUUUGGCUAAUUUACGAAUUAGUUGGUUCUGAGCUGUAUUGUUUACAACCUUCAUAUGAGAUACAACAAUAUUUGAAUUUGCAGUUUCCGUUGUUGUUUUCCAUAUAA